AAAAUAUUGUAGUAUAUAAUUUAAUUGAAAGUUAUAGUACUAUCCGUUAAUAAACGGAUCCGGUGAUACCACCACAUUCGGAUCAGUUGGAUCGAAUAGUCGGCCGGCGGAUAAAAUACCCAUUUCACUUCCACGCGCAGUCGGAUUAAAGAUCCCCGUAAUCUGGGAAUUGGAAUAUCGGACUGAUUAAAGAUUGACUGUCUCCGGUGACAAACUGCUCGCCACUUCCGCGCAGUCAGGCGGUGGGGAAGACUCUCCCAUGGUUGCUUUCACUCAGUUCAUUUUAUUUUUCGUCUUCUAGCUUAUUAUUUACAGAAGAUUGUGCACUGGUUCAGUAAUUGGAGCUGGUUGGAGAGUUUCAUUUUGUAUUCUUGGUUAUAUAUUGGAAUUAGUUUCUGUAUAUACAAUUGGAGUUACAGAUAUUAGAAAGAGGAUGCGUUCUCUUUACUCUGUAUCUUGUUGCUGUAUAGGCCCAUCUGCUAAAGCCUUACAAUCUUCAUCUUCUAUUUCUUUUUUCCAUCGAAAUCCUAGAGUUUUUCCUUCUUCUAAGCUUCUUUUGAGAAUGUUUACAGUUUGUUCUGGUUCAAGUGAAAAACAAAACCAAAACCAAAGAAUUAAUUAUGCUGGUUUGAGACUUGAGGAGACUGUAGAGGCUAAGUCAGGAAAGUUGAGGCUUGAUUCUUGGAUUUCUUCUCGUAUUUCUGGAAUUAGUAGAGCUCGUGUGCAGUCCAGUAUUAAAUCAGGGCUUGUUGCUGUCAAUGGCAGGGUUGUUGAUAAGGUUUCACACAGUGUCAAGGUUGGGGAUAAGGUCAUUUGCACUAUUUCAGAAUUGCAACCCUUGAGAGCUGAAGCUGAGGACAUUCCUUUGGAUAUAAUCUACGAAGAUGAUCACUUACUGGUUGUCAAUAAGCCUCCGCACAUGGUGGUUCAUCCAGCACCUGGUAACCCUACUGGCACACUUGUAAAUGGCAUACUUCACCAUUGUAGUCUUCCAACAGUUGUAACUUCAAGCCAGGAAGUCCUUUCAGAUGUGGAAGAUAUUUCUGAUGAUGAAGGGUCAUGUUCCAGCUCAUGUGUAUCAUCUGUUCGCCCAGGCAUAGUUCAUAGGUUGGACAAAGGCACUAGUGGGUUGCUUGUCGUUGCAAAGGAUGAACAUGCUCAUGCCCAUUUAUCUGAACAAUUCAAGCAACAUACUAUCCAGAGAGUGUACAUUAGUCUUACUUCUGGAGUGCCCUCUGCAUUGACUGGGCGUAUUGAUAUCCCUAUUGGUCGUGAUGUGAAUAACAGGAUUCGUAUGGCUGCUAUAUCUGGACCAGUUAAGCAGGGACAUGCACGCCAUGCUGCUAGUAGAUAUAAAGUUAUUGAAAUACUUGCCGGCGGUGGUUCAGCAUUGGUUGAAUGGAGGUUAGAAACGGGGCGUACUCAUCAGAUUCGUGCACAUGCAAAGUACAUUGGAAUUCCUCUAUUAGGAGAUGAGGUUUAUGGAAGCACCACGGGCAUGGCUUUGUCACUGCUUCGACCUAGAAUACCAGCUAGCUUUCAAAAUCAACUUUCAUCAUUGCUUUCAGGAUUAGAGAGGCCGUGUCUCCAUGCUUUGUCUCUUGGGUUUACACAUCCACGCACAGGGAAAGAAAUAAACUUUUCUUGUCCGCCUCCUCCAGAUUUUGCAGGGGUCUUGAGCCAGCUUCGCGAAAUGGACAUGGAGAAGGUUUAAUCAGUUGAAUGAUAUUUGCCUGCUGCACAACCAGCUAAGGUAGUUAUCAACUUUCAAUCUCUGGUAUGCAUUUAAUGAACGCUCGAACUUUUUUAUGCAUUAUCACAUGGAUUAUUGGAAAAUAUUAUGCUACUGAUGAGCGCAAGAUUCUGGCACAUUACUGGCGGCAAUGCCUGUGGCAUUUCGUUUUGGGCAAUGUGGAGUCUCUCAUCGCAAAAGCCUGUAUUUCUCGGAAUGUUGGGGGGGAUGCGCCAUUUUUGAACAGUCUGAGUUUCACACACAGAUUACAAAUUGUUGUAUUAGUUAGACGAUGAAAUUAAUUUGUCAAAGUAGGUUUUUUUUUUUUUUCCUUAAUUUGUGAAAAAGAAAAGAAGAAUGUAUAGUAGAACAAAUUUGAUUGAAGAUGCAUCAUUUUUUACCCCCUCAUAAAA